AUGACCAACUGGCCCGACGUGCACAUUAAGGCAGCCGAGGGCGUGCCUUUUUAUGCUCCGGCACAGACUCCUACUGCUGGAACCGCUCGUGACCCCCAAACUAGCGGCAAGCCUAUUCCCAAGCUUGCCGACGACGGACAUAUCACACCAUGGCACCUGACUCACUAUGGUGGAAUUGCCCAGAGAGGUCCUGGAAUGAUGAUCGUCGAGGCGACUGGCGUUCUCCCCGAGGGUCGCAUCACUCCUGGCUGUCUCGGGCUGUGGAAAGACUCGCAGAUCGGCCCACUCAAGCAAGUGAUUGAUUUCGCUCACAGUCAGGGCCAAAAGAUCGGUGUCCAACUUGCUCAUGCUGGGCGCAAAGCGUCUACUAUGCCUCCCUGGGUUGGCGCAGCCACGGCUACAAAUGCGGUUGGCGGUUGGGUGGAGCAAGUUAAAGCUCCCAGCGCUAUUCCUUUUGGCCCAAACGAUAUCGUCCCCAAGGCGAUGACCUCUGAGGAUAUUCAGGAAUUGAAGGAUGCUUGGGUGGCCGCAACAAAGCGUGCACUUGCUGCAGGUGUCGAUUUUAUUGAAAUCCACGCAGCACACGGUUAUCUGCUUUCGUCGUUCCUUAGCGCAUCAUCCAACAAGCGUACCGAUAGUUACGGCGGAAGCUUCGAAAAUCGUAUUCGGCUUUUUCUCGACGUUGCCCAUCUGACUCGUCAUGCUGUCGGCCCAAAUAUGCCUGUGUUCCUCUGCGUCUCUGCUACCGACUGGCUAGAGAACCGCCCCGAAGAACAGGGAUGGGGAAUCAACGAUACAGUCGAGUUUGCGCGUGCGCUUGCCGAUCAAGGCUGCAUUGACCUCAUCGAUAUCAGCAGUGGAGGUGUUCAUUCAGCACAAAAGAUUACCUCCGGCCCGGCAUUCCAGGUUCUUUUCGCCGCGGCAGUCAAGAAAGCUGUUGGAGAUCGCCUGCUAGUCGCCGCCGUUGGUAUGAUUAACCAUGGCGAUGUUGCAGAGAAGAUCCUCCAAGACGACAAUUUGGAUGUAAUCCUAGUUGGACGGGCGUUCCAACGGGAUACUGGUUUAGCCUGGCAUUUUGCCAAGGAUCUAGAUGUUGAGAUUGCUAUGGCUGCUCAGAUCCGGUGGGGGUUCACCAGUUUCCGCAAUGCUUCGGGAUACAUCCAGCCAAACUCUAUGAAGGCGUCCAUCUUUGAUUGA